AUGCAUCAACCGCCACAGUAUGAGCCGAACCGCCCGGAGGUGCUGGCGGAGGAGCUGUCGGCUCGAGAGCAGUACAAACACUAUUCGAUGCAGGGUGUCACCGAAGUCAAACCCCAACCAGGCUUUCCAUCAGAAGAGACGGAGGACAAGAGGAGACGGACAAAGGCUGACUAUCGCCCAAUUUCCAUGCGAUGGCCUUUUGUAUCAUGCCUCCUUCUACUGAUCCUCGCCGCCAUGGGCUUGGUUGCCUGGACACAGCGAUCAUUGAAGGGAACUGAUAGUACGGCAACGAUCGAGCAACGGCAAGUCUUGGAAGAGAGAAGCUUUGUGAGUUCGAAUGUGGCCGACGAAAUACUUCAUAUUAGGCAAGAUGCCGUGCCGAGUCCCGUGCCGACUGAAGCAGCGCCGAAUCCUGAAGCAACGCCGGAGGCUGUCCCAGAGCCAGCACCCGAGCCUACGGAAACGGUUGGCAAUGGAAAUGACGACGACAACGGUGAUGCUGCCGCUAGAUUGCGUACGACGACAGAGGAGACAUCGUCAGAGUUCACGACCACUGUCACAAUACCCGGCUCCAGCAUCGUGGAGACAGAGACCGUUCAAGUAACCAUCGAUACGGAGAUCAUCACCGACAUCACCACGACUAUCGUCGACACGGAAACGGUAGUCACGAGUGUUGUCACAUCACAAGUGGUGCCGACCACCGAAUUUUCGACCCUGUCCGAUGGCUCGGUAUCAACGAUUGUAAACGAAAACACAAUCCAAGCGACGAUUGAGGCGACUGCAACCAACACAGUAUCUCGCACCACUGUUGUUCUUGCGACGAUCCCCGCCGGCCAAACGGCCACCGAAAUAGUCCGGACGAGGACUGGCCCGCCCCAGGUCUAUGUUUCGACAGGCACAACGACGCUCAUCAACAUCUACACGCCUAUUACCAUUGUGUCAACCCCAAGCCCAACCACCCGCGUAACGACUCUGCCGCCGACUCGUACCGUUCUGACGUCUGUCUCGACGCCUACCUCAUCGACAGAUCGUAUCGUCAUCGAGACGACGACUCUGUCAUUCAGCGCCGUGAGCUACUUCCUCGGCAAGUUUCUGCCGCCUAUUCUCGCCAUUCUCCUCGGCAUACCUAUUCGUGCUCUCGACUGCGCCGCCAAGCUCUAUCACCCGUUUGAGGCUCUAUCACAAUCACGUGGCGUACCUGGUCCGGCAUCCCUCAACCUACACUUCGAGGGCUGGGGCGGCUUUUUCUUGCCCUUCAAGCUCAUGGGCAAGUCCUAUCCGGCGACCGGCCUCACGACUCUGCUGGUCUGCAUCUCCGCUUUCCUGACCCCCGUCGCCACCGAAGCCAUUGGCAUGAAGAUUCACGGCCAAUGCAGCGCCAACGCAAUUGACGGUUGCGGCCUCAAGCUCGGCAUCAAUACCAUCGCCAGCGGCGUCCUCAUCGCCAUGCUGGCCGUGCUGGCGCUUCUCGUCCUCGUCCUUCUCGGCGUUCUCGCCCGCUGGCGCUCCGGCGUCUUUGCCGAUCCCUGGUGCGUCGCCGGCAUGGCGGCCCUCGCCCGCAAUCCGGACGUGCGCUCGUCAAACGAAGACGUCAAGUCCGUAGUCGCCGAGAAGCACCUACGCCAUGGGCUGGUACCGCGACGCCGACGGCCGCGACGAGUACGGCCUCGUCCUCGUCGACGAGGCCGGCAGGAAUCUGCAGGGCCAGCACGGCGCCGGCGCCUGGGACGGCCAGCCGAUCGAGGCGGAGACGCUGCACCCGGCCGCCAGGCGGCAGAAGCCGCCCAACCACUUCAUUGCGUUGACGUGGUGGUGGCGCAUCCUGUUCGUCGUUGUGCUCUGCGGCAUCGCGGCACUCGUGUUGUACUAUCACAUCACCAAGAAGCUGCCGCGCGAUCUGCAGCGCUUCGUCGACAGCCAGAGGUUCGGCGGACGUUUCGUCUUCUCGGGCCUCGGCGUCGUCGUCAUCUUUGCCUCCGAGUGUCUGUUCUGCAGUACGUUCCCUGCGUCGCCGUCAUCGCCCCUUACCGACUCAUGGCCAAGCGAGCUCAGCCCGCGCGCCGCUCGAUUCUCGUCACGCUUCCGACCAACUCCUUCUCUGGCAUCGCGACUGGUAUCCGUACUGGCGAUCCUGUGCUGUUCGUCGUGGCGCUCAUGGCCGUCUUGUCCGAGUUCCUGCCGAUUCUGCUGGCGAAUGUGCCCUACAACCUGACGCAGACGAAGCUGACGCACGACAUUUGCGCGAGAACGAGCGCCGGGUUGCUCGUACUUAUGGCCGCUGUCGUGGUCGGCAGUCUGUUCAUCCGCUGGCCUGACAUGCCUGUCGAUCCCCGUAGUGUUGGUGGCGCCAUGUGGUAUGUUUCCGAGUCGAGGUGGGUGUCGGGCCUCGGCGGUGUGGCGGCCAUGGACAAGAAGGAGAGGAGGAAGAGGAUCAAAGAGCUCGGCGGGCGGUGGUUCUACGGUAAUGUCUUCGGAAUGAGGGGCGAGCAGCUCGGUGUUGAGGUUGAGGAUGGGUAUAGGUCCGGCUAUGGCCCAGGCCAGACGGCGGAGUACCGCGGGCCCUAUUGA